AUGGAUGCUGAUGAAAUGUACAAUGUUGAUUAUGCUCGCGAAAAUCGCUAUCGAUGUGCUUGCUGCGUAAAAUGCUGCUCAUCUUUUUGUGAUAUCAGAAGACAAGAUAGAAAAAAAAGUUAUUCCGUUACCGCGAGCGCCAGAAGGGUUGGUCAGUUUUCAUUAUUUCAACAGCGUACAACCUAUGGGUGGUGGCCAUGCGUUAACACUUCUCUACCUGACGAACAAAAAUUAGAUUUUGAUGCGAAGAAAAAAAAAGAUGAUGAUUUCACUGCCCAAAAGCCAUAUGUGACCGGUGCAGUAGAAUUGGAACUGACAUUGUUGACGGCUGAAGAAGCAAAACUUGACCCUGUGGGUAAGAAGCGUGGAAAACCAAAUCAUUCACCAUAUCUUCCGCAUCCGAAUCGUCCUCAUCUGGAUCAGUUCUGGUGUCUUUCACGAGCUAAAGCGUGCUGCUCUUUGUGCUGGACCAGUUGGGGUAAACAAUGCGUUGUUAUAGCUAUAUUUGUUUUGAUUGGCGUGAUUCUUAUCGUCUCAACUGUUUACAAACUACCUGAUCUUGUUGUUACAAAAGUAUUUAACACUCGUAGUUAA